AUGUUCCGCUCUGUCCUUCCCCGGGCUUCGCCCCGGGCACCCCUGCGCGCCUGCGGUCCUAAGGCCGUCCCUUUCAACCUCGUCACUCCUACCGUCUUCAUUGGCGUUUCAAAACGUGGCUAUGCCUCUGAGGCUGGAGACCAUGAUCUAGUUAUCAUCGGCGGUGGUGUCGCCGGUUACGUCGCUGCUAUCAAGGCCGGCCAAGAGGGUCUUAAGACUGCCUGUAUCGAGAAGCGUGGAUCUCUCGGUGGUACCUGCUUGAACGUCGGCUGUAUCCCAUCAAAGUCCCUCCUGAACAACUCCCACCUCUACCACCAGAUCCUCCACGACACCAAGAAGCGCGGUAUCGAGGUUGGCGAUGUGAAGCUCAACCUGACCCAGAUGCUCAAGGCCAAGGACGCCUCCGUUGAGGGUCUGACCAAGGGUGUUGAGUUCUUGCUGAAGAAGAACGGUGUUGACUAUAUUAAGGGUGCUGGUUCCUUCGUCGAUGCCAACACUGUCAAGGUCGACCUGCUUGACGGUGGUGAGCAGACUGUCCGCGGAAAGAACAUCCUGAUCGCUACUGGCUCAGAGUCGACUCCUUUCCCCGGCCUCAACAUCGACGAGAAGCGCAUUGUCACCAGCACUGGUGCUCUUGAGCUCAAGGAGGUUCCUAAGAAGAUGGUUGUCAUCGGUGGUGGUAUUAUCGGUCUCGAGAUGGCCUCCGUCUGGUCCCGUCUCGGUUCCGAGGUUACUGUUGUUGAGUUCCUUGGCCAGAUCGGUGGUCCCGGCAUGGACGCGGAGAUCGCCAAGCAGGCCCAAAAGAUCCUGGCCAAGCAGGGCAUCAAGUUCAAGACCGGUACUAAGGUCACCAAGGGUGACGACAGCGGUGCUACCGUCAGCCUGAGCGUUGAGGCUGCCAAGGGUGGCAAGGAGGAGACUCUCGACGCUGAUGUCGUCCUGGUCGCCAUCGGCCGCCGCCCUUACACUGAGGGUCUUGGUCUGGAGAACAUCGGUAUCGACAAGGACGAGCGUGGCCGCCUGGUCAUUGAUCAGGAGUACCGCACCAAGAUCCCCCACAUCCGUGUCGUCGGUGACGUUACCUUCGGCCCUAUGCUGGCUCACAAGGCGGAGGAAGAGGCCGUUGCCGCCAUUGAGUACAUCAAGAAGGGCCACGGCCACGUCAACUAUGCCGCCAUUCCCAGUGUCAUGUACACUCACCCCGAGGUCGCCUGGGUUGGCCAGAACGAGGCUGAGGUCAAGGCUUCCGGCGUGAAGUACAACGUCGGCACCUUCCCCUUCAGCGCGAACUCUCGCGCCAAGACCAACCUCGACACUGAGGGUGUUGUCAAGUUCAUUUCUGACGCCGAGACUGACCGUAUCCUCGGUGUGCACAUCAUCGGUGCCGGUGCCGGCGAGAUGAUCGCCGAGGCCACUCUGGCCGUUGAGUACGGUGCUUCCAGCGAGGAUGUUGCCCGUACCUGCCACGCCCACCCCACCCUCUCCGAGGCCUUCAAGGAGGCUGCCAUGGCCACCUACUCCAAGCCCAUCCACUUCUAG